CGCAAUAAAUCGCAAGAUAUAUGUUCUCUUAGAGGCCAAUUGGACCUCCUGGACCCAGGCGCAUUGCCUAGUGCGACUGAGGCACUAUGGCGACAACGUGGCCCCAGAGUCAAACUAGCCGACCGAAAUCCGCGAGCACGCCACACGCCUCAGCACUUACCUUCGGGAUACAUUGCGCUGCAUUGAGCGCGCUGAUUCCCGGCCUGUGCCGGCAGAGCUCGUGAGGACUAUCGCCCACGGCACACUAACCUUCAUCCUCAAAACACAACACAGCACGGACCUUAACACGGUAUACGACGCCUCGAAAUCGUACAGGGCAUGUUAAACCAGGCAGAGAUUUGGUUAAGGACAAGAUGGUAUCUCAUGCUUAGAAGCGAGUACAAAGCAGCGGAGAAGGUGGAUCGAACGUGUGUCGAGGCAAGAGAAAAGGCACUGGGACCGGAGCACCCGGACACGCUCACAGGCGUCAACCAGCUUGGGUCGGGGUUGUUGAGGCAGGGCAAGUACGAAGAGGAGGAAGCGAUGCACCUGCGAGCACUGAAAGGAAGAGAGAAGGCACUUGGGGCAGAGCACCCAGACACGUUCACUAGCAUGGCUCACCUGGCAUCGACGUUUUGGAGUCAAAGACGGUGGCAUGAGGCUAAAUACCUAGAGGUGCAAAAUACGGUUGGCUCAUCGUCCACUUAGCAAAAGUGGUUCUUUAAUCAAUGUUGAAUGCUCGCCUUCUUAGAACCCCAGAAGAAUACCAUCGACCGUUGGCGACCCAUUUAUUCCUCCACACUUCGUUGGUUUAUGUCUGUCCUCAAACUCCUUUGGCCUGUAAGUGGGAUUAGGCGGAGACCUUGAGGAGAGUAGGUCUAAGAUGGAAGCAAACUGGAGUAUCCGUUAAUAUCGAUUGAGAGAGUCAGUUGCUAUUAGAUUACAGCACUAGGUGCCAUUAGUAUCCGUGGAUAUCUCUAUUUGAAGACAUGUUACUAUUUAGUCUGCAACAACUAGGUCAUCUCGUUAUAUGGCCG